AUGCCUGUAUCGACGGACGAGCAUUACCCUCGCCCGGACUUCCAGCGCCCUGACCUCCAGUGGCAGUCUCUAAACGGGCAGUGGGACUUUCUUUUCGACGACAAGGACAUUGGCCUUUCUCAUCAGUGGCACAAACAGGGACUGCAGGACAUUGACGUGGACAAGGACUCUCCUCGAACCAUCCAGGUGCCGUUUGUCUUCCAAUCCGAGGCGUCUGGAAUCCACCUGGAAGAGGUGCACGAGACUCUUUGGUACGAGCGCAUGAUCCAAGACAUACGGACGGACGGCGAAAAGCAUGACGGCUACCGACUGCAGCUUCGCUUUGGUGCUGUUGAUUAUGCAGCAAAAAUCUGGCUUGAUGGCAGCUUUAUUGGGGAGCACAGAGGCGGCCAUGUCCCUUUCGACCUGGACCUCACAGAUGCCGUAUCUCCUCAGUCAAAAUCAGAGCGUGAUUAUCGUUUAACUGUGAGGGUCUUCGACUCAGCGACUGACUUGACUCAGCCGCGUGGUAAGCAGUACUGGAAGCCGAAACUAGAAUCGAUCUACUACACCCCAUCUAGUGGCAUUUGGCAGGAUGUGUGGCUCGAGAGCGUGCCGCCCCUCAGGCUCGCUGACAGUAGCCAUGGCACUAUCAUACGUUCGCAAGACAUAGAAGGUGGGAAGUUAGAUGCGAGAAUCGUUGUCUUUGGACGCAGAGCUGGCCAGCAGUGCAGUGUCCAGCUGGAAACGAGUCUUUCCGGCACUGUUGUGAAGACUUCGGACAAGAAGAAGCUACCACAAGAGAACUUUGCCCGCUUCAAUCAUAACAUGCGCUUGUCGAACGAGCAGAUGGAGAAGCUGUCGGGCAACUUCCUACGGUCCAAUCCGCCAUCCGAUGCGGCCUGCUGGCGAAACGACGUGGCACUUUGGUCACCGGAGCACCCGACUCUCUACGAUCUCACACUUCGAUUGUUCGAUGCUGAGGAUAAGCUGCUCGAUGAAGUCCACACAACGACAGGCAUGAGAUCUAUCAACUGGACAAAAGGCGACGAAAGCCUUCGUCUCAACGGCAGACCGUACUUCCAAGCACUUUUUCUUGAUCAAGGCUACUGGCCGGAGACUCUGAUGACACCACCAGACUCAAAAUCACUAAAAAAAGACAUCGAGCUGUCGAAAGCGAUGGGCUUCAACGGCUGCCGCAAGCACCAGAAAGUCGAGGACCCGUUGUUUAUGUACUACGCAGAUCAACUGGGCUUUCUCGUAUGGGGAGAAAUGGCUUCAGCAUUCCGGUUCAGCGUGGACAUGAUCGAGCGGUUCGACCAAGAGUGGAUGGAGAUGGUGAGGAGGGAUAUUAACCAUCCUUGCAUCGUCGCCUGGACUCCAGCAAACGAGAGCUGGGGCUACCCAGACCUCAAGAACAACACACGUCAGAGAGAUCACCUACGAAGUCUCUACUACUCCACAAAGGCACUGGAUCCCACGAGACCAAUCAACGACAACUGCGGGUGGGAGCACGUCCUGAGCGAUCUCUCGACCUUCCACGACUAUGCAGACGCCGACGGCAUGGCCGAAAGAUGCAGAAACUUCCGAUCAAUCUUAGAGCAGCCUUGGCCGACACAGAAGCAAAUGUUUGUGAAGCCCAUAUACGGCGCGAACGGAUUGUACGACCCAGGAACGCAGCACAAACCAGGGGCGCCGAUCCUAUGUACAGAAUUCGGCGGCGUGCGGGUUGCCGGGAAGCAGAAGGAUGGUUGGGGUUAUACCACCGCUGAUGACUCAUCGGAUUUGCUCAAACGGGUCGAGAAAAUCAUCACGGCCACGGUGAAGUCUGGCAUCGUGUGCGGCUUUGUGUGGACACAAUUGACCGACAUCUUGCAAGAAGAGAAUGGCCUAUACACAUAUGAGAGGGAAGAGAAAGUUCCCGCAGAGCGGAUGAGGGCUGUCAUCGACGCUGCAAGGGAGACUUACUACGACCACCAAACCUAA